CUAAAGAAGGCUGCUGACAUUCCUCCCCGGGGGGGAAUCGUGUCACGGUACGCGACAAAAGUGGCCAUCAUGCACGUUUAAACUAGCGAUCACAUCCACAAGAAAAAGGAUCCUUAUCCUCUCCACCUCCCACGUAGAGUUCCCGGGCGCUGCUCCCCGCCGGAGGCUUCACCAACCAGCGUAGAACGUGAUGGUGGGCUAAUGUGUAGUGUGUGAGCAACACUAGUUCAUUAUCAGUUUGUCGACGCAGAGAGAAGACGUCCAUGUCGCAGAAUGAGAGGAGCUUCUCUCUCUUCAGGUUCUUCAAGGAAGGACAUUGAAGACCUAGAGACCCAUGUCUGCUUGACUUGAACCAAGGUUUCACACGAGACCUGCCUCCUGGACCAGGUUCUGGAGCUGAUUAUGAACGAGAAGCCCCAGUCCACCAGCGCAAAUUGUUUCCUCAACAAGGACACGGAUAAAACCCCCAUCCCUGAACGAGUAGACCUGAAGAGGAGAAUUUGUGCGGCCAUGGAGCGCAGAGCGAGCAUCACAAAGGAGAAAAUAAGCUCCAUAAACAAGCAGAGCAUCAAAGGGUUCCUCAAAAGAAACCUUUUUGUUUUAUUCACCAUUGCUGCUGUGGCUCUGGGCAUCAUCCUGGGCUUCACUCUGCGCUCCCACAAAUUGUCCCUGAGGGAGAUCAAGUAUUUCUCCUUUCCUGGGGAGCUGCUUAUGAGGAUGCUUAAGAUGUUGGUGCUGCCACUCAUCGUCUCCAGCCUGGUUACAGGAAUGUCUUCCUUGGACAGCAAAGCAUCAGGUAAAAUGGGCGCACGCGCUGUGGUCUACUAUAUGGUGACCACCCUGAUCGCCGUCUUCAUCGGCAUCGUCAUCGUGAUCAUCAUCAAGCCCGGUAAAGGUAGCAGGGACAGCCCCAUGGCCCAAAGCAGAAACGUAGAACUGGUCCAGGCUACAGAUGCUUUCCUGGAUCUCAUCAGGAACAUGUUUCCACCCAAUCUUGUCGAAGCCUGUUUCAAGCAGUACAAAACCAUGUACAAGAGGAUUGUGCAAACAAGAAACGUGACUGUGAGCCUGAACCUCACUGACAAUGCGAUCAAUGUGACGGACGCCAACGUGAACCUCAGCAGGGUGCUUCACACCAUCCAGGAGACGUUGGAGGAAACGGUACCCGUGUCGGGCUCCUCUGAUGGCGUCAACGCUCUGGGUUUGGUCUGCUUCUCCAUGUGCUUGGGUCUGGUCAUCGGCAACAUGAAGCAGAAGGGUCAGGCCCUCAGGGACUUCUUUGACUGCCUCAACGAAGCCAUCAUGAGGCUGGUGGCUAUAAUCAUCUGGUAUGCCCCGGUUGGCAUCCUCUUCCUGAUUGCGGGCAAGAUUGUGGAGAUGAAGGAUCUGGCGGAGAUGGGAGGCCAGCUGGCGAUGUACACUGUGUCGGUCAUCGUGGGGCUCCUCAUCCACGGCCUCUGCGUCCUGCCACUGCUCUACUUCCUGGUCACCAGGAAGAACCCAUACAGCUUCAUCGGAGGCCUGCUGCAGGCGCUCAUCACAGCUCUGGGAACCUCCUCCAGCUCUGCUACUUUGCCCAUCACUUUCCGCUGCUUGGAGGAGAAUAAUCGGGUGGACAAAAGGGUGACGCGUUUCGUCCUCCCCGUGGGCGCCACCAUCAACAUGGACGGCACCGCCCUCUAUGAAGCUGUGGCGGCCAUUUUUAUCGCCCAAGUCAACGACAUGGACCUGAACUUUGGGCAGAUUCUCACCAUCAGUAUCACGGCAACCGCUGCCAGCAUAGGAGCCGCAGGCAUCCCUCAGGCUGGCCUAGUUACCAUGGUGAUUGUAUUGACAUCGGUGGGACUGCCUACAGAGGACAUAACACUCAUCAUCGCCGUGGAUUGGUUCCUGGACCGCUUGCGUACCACCACCAACGUGCUGGGUGACUCCCUCGGGGCGGGCAUCUUGGAGCACCUCUCUCGGGGCGAGCUGCAGAGUCAGGACGACGAGGUGCGCAACUCCGUCAUCGAAGAGAACGAAAAGCCAUACCAGUUGAUCUGCCAGGGCAGCGACAUCGUGCACAACCACAACAGCGAGACCACAAUGUGACCACUGAAAGCUACAAUACAUCCGGUAAUGCUUCAAUGUGUGCCGAGUGGAGGUUUUUUUAGAUGGAAAAUUAUGUAGGCCGCAUACGAUUCCAAUUACUCACCAAAUAGCAAUGUGCUAAUCAUCACAGAUGACAAAUAAGCUAUGUGAUGCACUACAAAACUGAAAUAGAAUUAUAAGUAUCUAGCUGGCAGGUGUAGAACCCUCAGAUUUUUGCCGUGAUGUCAGACGCUGUAUGUUUGGGAAUCAUGGCGAGGUAAAAAUAUGCCGUUUGUUUUGGCAUCUCGGUGGCGGGGUGCCCCACUGCCGCAAAAGCAGAGAAAGGACACGGAGAGGUGGCAGGGGCCAAAGUCACACGCAUGAAGCACAAGCACACAAAAUAUUAGUAAGAGGGCGACACUGAAAAGAUAAAAUUAGGUCAUAAAGUUAUAAGAUUGAAGUCACAAUACGAUGAAAAAAGUUGGCAAAUAGAAGUUGUAAUGUCACGAGACAGAAAAUUUUACUAAUUACAAGAAAAAUGUGUCCAAACUGUUGUAGAUGUGCCAAAACAUUAACAAUGGUUUUGUUUAUGAAAUGUAUAAAGUAUUGUAGUGUAACUGGACAAGCCUACUUUUAUGAUUGAAAUAUUACAAUUUUAUUCUCAAAGUAUUUUUUUUUUUAAAUUCUUGCAAAGCUAUGACUUUAUUCUCACAAAGGACUUCAUGCUCGUAGUUGUAAUCACUUUCAGGAUGACCCUAUACAAAACUGAGGAUUUUGAUUCACAUGUAUUUAUACACAUUAAUUUUCCAAAUGAAUCACUGCUGUAAGAGACCAGCCUUCUUCACAUUUCAAGGAAUACAAUCCUGGCCUUCUGUUUUGGGGCAUUUUCUUUUGUGUUUAUUGUGAAAAAUCUGAAUACCUUCACUAUUUCUGCUGCAUAAUUAUUACGUAGUUCUGCAGGCAUUCAUUUUUGUGGAACCUCCAAAGUAGAGCACGAUCCUUUGUGUGAUGCUGGUGAACUUGUUCUAAUUAAAAAAAAAUAAAAAAUUGCCACAUUGGAAAUAAAUUCAAGUGAAUUAACCUGGCUCAAACUGUCACCAUCAUAAUUACAUUUGCAGGCUAUGGUGGAAGUAGCAUUUUAAUUUUGUUAACCACAACAUAAGUACAAAGAAGUUAACCACUGUAUAAUAAAACAAAAAUAAAGUAAAAGUUAUUGAAUGAUGACAAGCAUGCCAAUGGUUUUGUUUACCUUUUGAGACUUAAUACUCAAUUUGCACCUCUUUUAUGAUGUUCCAAUUUGGAGGUUCCACUGUUUGUCGGUAAUCAUCACGACUACCUCUAAGAGAAGCUGGACAUGGAGCUUCAGCAAUGUGACACAAUAAUUGUGCAUGUAUCUCAUUUUCUCAAGUUAAGUUUGCGUACAUGCUGUAAAUGCUCAAAUGUGGAUGCAGUUGACUGUUAAACACUGGACUUUGCUACCUAUUGUUUUAAAUCCUAGUGACUUGCCAAGGUGUAUCUGCUUAUUGACUUCUUGUGAGUCUUAAUAUCUGUGCGCUUCUUAAGACAGUACUGCUGUGAACUAAUUUAAAUACACUCAGUUAAGAUUGUCUGUUAAGUUUUUAAAGAAGGACACUAUUUUAAUGUUCUUUUUAUGAUUUUUUUUCAUGUAUGAUUUGGAUAUCUUAUACUUCGAUGGGGAAAAGAUGUUACAAAGUAAUAUUUGUUAUUGUGAAGAGGUACUCUAGUGUAGGGAAUUGAAUGUGCAGUAGUUUCAUGCUUUUUGUACUGGAUGCUUGACAUGUGAAUGGAAUAAUUAAGAACAGUGAACGCUUUGUAACUCUUAAGGCGAUGUCUUUAGUUUUAAAAUGUUUCUUGUAAUUUAAGUGAAAGUGGUGUUUCCCCAGGAAUUUAUGGCACAAUGUGAUGAAAUAAAUGGUUCAGGAAUUAGUA